AGUUCUGUUAGUUGGUGCUGUUGUUUUUUCCCCCCAACUACGAAAGUGCUCCGUAUGGGUACUGAGCUCCCACUUCUUCGUUUUGCCAUCAUCGCGUGCGUCUUCUAGCCUUUUUUUCUUACCCCCACUGCCUUUGUUCUUCUUCCCUCUGUCAAGCACAACAUGUCCCGUCACGCUUACGUGAACCCCGACGAUGAGAAGGUCUUUGUGGCGAUCUUUGCCAAGGACCCAGAGUGCAACCGCUGCUUUGAAUGCGGCGCGCCGAACCCGCAGUGGUGCGACGUCAUGCACGGCACUUUUAUUUGCCUCAACUGCAGUGGGCAGCACCGCGGCCUCGGCGUGCACCUCUCCUUUGUCCGCAGCUCCACGAUGGAUGGAUGGAUGAACUGGAAGCCAGAGAAACUGCGCCAGAUGGAGCUCGGCGGCAACCGACGCGCACGGCUGUACUUCGAGACCAAUGGCGUACCCAAGUCCCCGAUUAAGGCGCGCUACGAGUCUCUUGGCGCCCUCCGCUACGCCGACCUACUGGAGGCGGAGGCGCAGGGCAAGCCGUUUAACGAAGCUGCGUGGCAGCCACCGGCGUGGUACACGCGGCUGAAGAUGCAGUCGAGCCCUAGUCCUUCCAGCCCCUCGCCCACUGCCAUGUACCCGCCCACGAGCCCGAAUCGGUUUGCGGGGAUGGGUUCGAAUGGGCAGACGUUCGCGGCCCAGGAGAACAAUCACAACAAGGGCGAUGGUGGCGGGGGUGACUGGUUCUCUGCGCUCUCGAGCGGAUGGACCACCGUCUCACAGAAGACGGCGGAGUUGGCCCAGCAGGCCUCCGUGGCGGUGCAAAGCGCCGACGUCGACGGCGUAAAGUCGUCACUGGUGCAGAAGUGGGCCAACGUGUCGUCGACUGUCUCUUCCUACGCGACUGACCUGCAGCGGAAGAUGGCGGCCGAGAACGGGCGCGGUGGCAACCCCGACGACGACGGGCUGGCGGCCAUGAUGCAAAAAGCACGGCAGGCGCAGGCAGAGGGCGGGAUGGCUGGUGCUCCCGUCGACCCAACUCGCUUUGGCCACGUCGAGGGCACCCACGCCAGUCCGCUGCGAGGCACGCCGGUGCUGCCCGGUGGUGUGAACGAGGCCGCGACGGGGCACACGCCGGUGUAUCAGGGCAGGGUUGUGUCAGCCAAUCCGUCCCCCGGCAGUGCUCCUGCCAUGGCGACUCCAAGCCACAGCCCCAACGUUGUGAUGCCCGCCGCCGCGACGACGGCUACGGCUCCUUCUGGUGCGAAUCGCCCAUCCAACCCGCUGGGCAGCAACACCGGCACAGGCGUGGCUUCUACUGCUUCCACCGCCGCGCAGCCACAACAGAAGGUUGACUGGGCAUGGGACGACUUCUGA